AUUGCCUACUUCCUGACGCCAUGAGCCACGACGAGCAAACGACUGUGCGCGACGCGCACGACGACGUUGACGCCACGGACGUCGUUCCCCCCGUUCUUGAUGAUGACGCGUAUCUCUUUGACCCGCUAGAAACGCCCGUCCCCGCGUCCCUCGAAGGGGAGGCGGCACCGGCUAUCCCGACGGGGUACGCUGAGACGAAUGUGCACGAUACAGAAAAAUAUGCGGACGCGCUCGGUGCGGUCAGCACGUCCAUCAUCACACAGGUCAUUCCCCAGCGCUCGCUAGCGCCGGAGGUGCUACCCUUCGCGUCGUCAUUAGGUCCGCAGAAUCUUGCUCUAGCAGCGCUUGCGGUCGCUAUACUUCUAGUUUCUGUGCUGGUGCUCUUCACCAAACGUCGCUCUGCUACGAAGGGGAAUGCACUCCUUCUAGUCGGCCCGCCGGAUGCGGGGAAGUCUGCGAUACUAUCCGCGCUCGUCUACAAGCACACCCUCUCCACGCAGGCCUCCCUCCAGACCAACUCCGCCUUCGCCACACUCCCCAACCUCAAGCAGCCCCUCCGCAUCAUCGACGUCCCCGGGCACCCCCGCGUGCGCGACCAGUUCAGGGCGCACCUCCCCGCCGCGCGCGCGAUCGCGUUCGUCGUCGACGCCAGCACAGUCAGCAGGAACGGUGCGAGGGUGGCGGAGCACCUCCACACCCUCCUCCGCGCCCUCUCUCACCUUCCUCCCUCUCAGACCACACCUUGCCUCGUCAUCCUCGCACACAAAUGCGACCUCCUCAAGUCUGGUGCCCCCGCCCUCGCCGCCUCCCGCGUGCGCACCGUCCUCGAGCGCGAGCUCGAGCGACGCCGGGCAGCCGCGGCGGAAGGCAUCGCGGUCGAGGGGAUGGGCAGUGGAGGGGACUUGGGCGGUGGGGUGGGGAUCGGGAGAGCAGGCGACGAUGCUGCGCAGGAGGAAAAUGGGGGCGACGGGCUGGAGUGCGCGGGCAGCGGAGUGUUCAGCUUUGAUACCUGGGAGGGCGGGGAGGUGACAUUUUUGGGCACGUCGACGCCGGUGGGGAAGGGGGCCGAUGAAAAGGAGCAGCAGGGUCUGGCCGACUUGGAAGCCUGGUUAGAAGAUCACUUCGCAUAAAUGUAGCGCCUGCAUUUGUUUGAAGAAUCGGACGCAUCCCGAGUUGCGUGGACGAAUCCCCAGUUGCGCGUCGCUGGAAGUCCAUCAG